GACAGAGGGCCCUUGAGGGGAGGCGGGGUGUGUGUGUGUGUGUGUGUGUGUGUGUGUGUGUGUGUGUGUGUGUGUGUGUGUGUGUGUGUGUGUGUGUGUGUGUGUGUGUGUGUGUGUGUGUGUGUGUGUGUGUGUGUGUGUGUGUGUGUGUGUGUGUGUGUGUGUGUGUGUGUGUGUGUGUGUGUGUGUGUGUUCGGGGUUGAAGGAAGAGGGGUCAAGAGGAACAACUCUGAAAAUCUGUGUUUAUGGGUAAAAAGGGGGGGAUGCUGGGGUGGUGUCUGAAGCUGUCAUAGGCAAAAAAAACCGUGGGUUUGGGGAAAAUGGAGGUUCCAGCCCCACCAACAUCAAAAUGCAUCCUUUAUUGGAAAAGGAAGGUCAAGUCAGAAUAUAUGCGCCUUAGGCAGCUUAAGAGACUUCAAGCAAACAUGGGAGCCAAGGCUCUGUUCGUAUCCAACUAUGCAAAGGUUCAAGAAAAGAUAAACAUGCUGAAUGAAGACUGGAAGAAGCUUAGAGUUCAACCUAUUCAAUCAAUGAAGCUGGUUGGGGGGCACCCUUUUCUUAAACAGUGCACAGUUGAGAGCAUUUUCCCCAGUGUGACCACUCAGACCUUGUUCAUGCGGACUCUGAACACUGUGGCUCUGGUGCCUAUCAUGUAUUCCUGGUCCCCGCUCCAGCAGAAUUUCAUGGUGGAGGAUGAAACCGUUCUGUGCAACAUCCCCUAUAUGGGGGAUGAGGUGAAAGAGGAGGAUGAAACCUUCAUCGAGGAGCUCAUUAACAAUUACGAUGGCAAAGUCCACGGAGAGGAAGUGGCACUUAGCAUGACCGGGAAACUGCAUUUCUUGCCAAGUCACAGGGCUGGUCUCCACAAAGUCACAGAAAUGCUCUCCAGUUCCAUCCUGAUCAGUGAUGCUGUGUUCCUGGAGUUGGUGGAUGCACUCAAUCAGUACUCCGAGGAGGAAGAGGAAGGGCAUGAUGCUGCUGAAGGCAAACAGGAAGCUGUGAAGGAUGAGCUGCCUGUCACCCGGAAGAGGAAGUGGCUUUCCAUGGAAAGCAACAAGAAGUGUUCCAAGAAGCACUUUCCAAAUGACAUGAUCUUUACUGCUCUUUCAUCAAUGUUUCCAGAGAAUGGCUUUCCAGAGGAUAUGAAAGAGAGAUACAGAGAGCUGACAGAAGAAUCUGACCCGAAUGUGCUCCCUCCCCAGUGCACACCAAACAUCGAUGGACCAUGUGCCAAAUCUGUUCAGCGUGAGCAGGCCCUGCACUCUUUCCACACCCUUUUUUGCAGGCGCUGCUUCAAGUAUGACUGUUUCCUCCAUCCUUUUCACGCUACUCCCAAUGUUUAUAAGCGGAAGAACAGAGAGACCAAAAUUGAAAUGGAGCCCUGCGGGCCAGAGUGUUUCCUGUGGUUGGAGGGAGCCAAAGAGUUCGCUGUACUGCACAACCCAAGAUCAAAGUGCUCUGGACGACGUCGGCGCAAGCAUCUCGCACUCAGUACUACCACCUCCUCCAGUGCUUCAGCCUCCACGAGCACUGAAGCAAAAGAAGGCGAUAGUGAUAGAGACACGGGCAAUGACUGGGCCUCCAGUUCCUCUGAGGCAAACUCGCGUUGCCAGACUCCAACCAAGCAGAAGCUGAGCCCUGCCUCUUCGCAGCCCUUCAUGGCUGACAUGCCAUUGGAGCCUGUUGAGUGGACAGGGGCUGAAGAGUCUCUCUUCCGUGUCUUCCACGGAACUUACUUCAACAACUUCUGCUCGAUCGCUCGGCUUCUGGGAACGAAGACAUGCAAACAGGUCUUUCAGUUUGCAGUAAAGGAGUCCUUGAUAUCAAAACUGCCAGUGAAUGAGCUCUUGAAUCCCUCCCAGAAGAAGAAGAGGAAACACAGACUCUGGGCUGCUCACUGUAGGAAGAUCCAGCUUAAAAAAGAUAAUUCAUCCACUCAGGUGUACAACUACCAGCCCUGUGACCACCCGGACCAUCCUUGUGACAGCAACUGUCCUUGCAUCAUGACCCAGAAUUUCUGCGAGAAGUUCUGCCAGUGCAAUCCUGACUGCCAGAACCGUUUUCCCGGCUGCCGGUGUAAGACUCAGUGCAACACCAAGCAAUGCCCAUGUUACCUGGCUGUGCGAGAGUGUGACCCAGACCUCUGCUUGACCUGUGGAGCCUCAGAGCACUGGGACUCUAAGGUGGUCUCCUGCAAGAACUGCAGCAUCCAGCGGGGUCUUAAGAAGCACCUGCUGCUGGCCCCAUCGGAUGUUGCCGGGUGGGGAACCUUCAUCAAGGAGGCUGUGCAGAAGAAUGAAUUUAUCUCUGAGUACUGCGGGGAGCUCAUCUCUCAAGAUGAGGCUGACCGACGUGGGAAGGUCUAUGACAAGUACAUGUCUAGCUUCCUCUUCAACCUCAAUAAUGAUUUCGUUGUUGACGCCACCCGCAAAGGCAACAAAAUCCGCUUUGCAAACCACUCUGUCAACCCCAACUGUUACGCUAAAGUGGUGAUGGUGAAUGGAGACCACCGCAUUGGGAUCUUUGCCAAGAGAGCAAUCCAGGCAGGUGAAGAACUCUUUUUUGAUUACAGGUAUAGCCAGGCAGAUGCACUCAAGUAUGUUGGCAUAGAAAGAGAGACUGAUCUAAUCUAGCUGUGAUCAACUAGUACGCUGCUCCCAGCAAGCAUCACCAUGCCCUGUCCAUGCUGCUUUCCUCAUUGCUGUCUGUGUUGUAAGGGCUUCAUUCCAUUUGGAUCCCUCUUCAGAGAAGGAAAGAAGGAACGGCAGAGGCCCAUCUCUUUUUGUAGCAGUGAGUUUCUGGCUUCAAGGCCUGAUUGGGGAACACUUCUAAAUUGUUGUUGGAGGAAAAUUAAGAGGCACUGAAAAAGCAAAAGUGGAUCCCCUGUUUUAAGCGCACCUUGUGGAGAAUGAGCUUGGGGGGGGGAGUGCUGGGCUUUGUAGACGCUGUUGGUCUUUUGGGAAGGCUUGGCUUGAACUGGAGAAAGUAUUUUCCUCUGGCUGCCCCACCUUCUCUGCAGGCAAGAGCAACACGGAUAAACUUCACCUGCAGGGAAGGGUGGAUCAUGAAGUGCUAUGCAAAGAAUUUGCUCUGGAGGAGGAAGCUGUAGGCUGACAAGCUGUCGAUGAAGGUGGGAGCAGGAGUGUGUGCAGCACAUAGAGAUACUGGCAGAAAAAAGGGAAGGCAUGCUUGUGUAGGUAAAGGAAAUAAGUAAGAUGGGUAGGGUUGAACAUGGAGGAGUAGGUGGCAAGGCAUGCUGUUAAAGGAGCACAGGAGGUGAGGCCCAAGGGUCUUUUGCUCUGUUUUCACCCCUUGUGACGGUUGCAGUAGAGAGCAAUGGGUGUUUCCUCCUCUUCCCUGGCUAAUUGGGUCUCCUCCCUUCCUCCCACCCCAUCAGUAUGUGAUGGAGACGGGAGGCACAAAGGGCUCUUGGAGCCCAGAGGAAACUGGAGUUAAAGUCAGUCCUGUGAGUCUGAAGCAAAGUCCCUUCCAGCAGCAAUAAAGCCACUGCACAGAAUGGUCCUGCAGCUGUGUUGUUGCCCAGGGAGUCUUGGUGGCAGUAGAGGUGCUGUUUUAAAGACAUUUCUCAGUGGCUAAGACUUGCUGCUUGGCUAUAAGCUGCAGGAUUCAUUCCCCUCUUCAUCUGGAGGCUUGUUAGUAAUGAUCUCUUCACUUCUGAAGCAAGGGAGUUACUUAUUCAUAAUCAUCUCCUCUCCUGACCCUCUUCCAGUGGAAUAUUGGGCCUUGCUGCACUGGCAACAACUAAUCAGCACUCUUUCUCACUUGCUGAGAAGGAGUUUGAAUCUUUGGUCUGGCUCCUCACUUUAGGCAGUAAAAAAAAAUCAACAGCAUCUUUUGAUGCUGCAGGACAUUUCCUGGAGGAACACAUAGAAGGGAUGGCUGGGUGUAUAUGUCCCAGCUAGAUGGAGACCAAGAGGUGCUAAUUCAGGGAUGGGGAACCUAGUGUUCUCCAUAGGUCGUUGGGCUCCAACUCCCAUUGGCCUCAGCCAGCAUGGCCAAUGAUCAGGAAUGAUGGGAGUUGGAGUCCGGCAACAUAUGAAGGGCCACACAGCUCCCCCAUCCUUGUAUUAAUUCCUCUGUUCCCUCCCUCACAAAUCAGGAUUUCCCCCCUACCUAUCCAUGUACAAAAGAAGCAGUUAGCAUGCACUUUAGAGCAAUUUGCUCCAUCAAGGCUAGGCAGCAGGGAGCUGGGCUCCCUGUGAGCUGUGGAAAGCCAACUCCAUUCGAUGGUGUGAAUUAUUGUAAGGGCUGGAAACAUUUCCUCAUCAGCUCCAACAGUUUAGCUAUAAACCAGUAAUAAAAGCUGGCAUAUCUUGCUGGUUAAGGGUAGUUGCAGGGUCCAAGAAUAGACCAAGUCAUUGUGUCAAAGCCGUAGUUUGGCAUAGCUGGUGCUGUGUGACAAGUCUUGACACACUAAGAGGCAGAGAAAGAAGUUGUACUCCAAGGGAGUGGGUUGGGUGUAAGCAGCAUGCAGGGCUUUUGAAUGAUACAGAAUUCUUUCCUGAGGCAUCAUGGAGUGGUGUCUUACUGUUGGCAGGGAAUAACAUUUGACCUAGUUUGAAGGAUUUUCAGUCAUUUCAGUUCAAGGUAACCAAUUGCAGAAGCUUUACUAUUUCUCCAAAGUAAAGCACUCUUUAACUGUUCACUGGCCAAAACCCUUCCCCUGUCCCUUGAUCUAAUUUAACUAUGAAAUGUGUAAAGUAAUACCAUGGAUAGUGUCUGAGCAUGUGCACAAUGCCUUUUCUACUGUGUAAGUGCAACCUACUCUGUCAUCUCCGAUAAGGGCUUCUAGGCAGGGGGGAUACAAUCACCAGACAGCCUGGAGUUCACAAAUCUCUCUCGGAAACUAAUCACAGAACUAAACAGCCGUAAUGAUUCUCACCAAUGCUUUGCUUUUCCCAGUGCCUGAAUACUUGUGGUGGGAACAAAACAGGGAUAUCUAUCAUGUAUAAGCAGCUAACACACAACAUCUAAUGGCAUUGAAGUGUACCUAUCUUAUUGUACAUUUUUCUCUGCUUGUAUUAAUUUUGGCGUAAGAAAAUGAUGACAAGUAAUUGCUAGUUUUCUGCUCCACCCUCUUUACUGCAAACUUUUGUAUUAGUAGCAGCCCCCCCAUCUUGCUGUUCCUCACACAGGACCACCUUCAGCAGCAGCAGCCACAUCAGGUACCUUCAAAAUGCAAAGAAAAUAAGCAAUCUAAUUGUAAUGGGAGCUACCCGAUGCAACAGUCUACUGCAUCAGAAAAUGAGUAGAAAACAGGCAUGUGUAUUUGCUGGACACUGUAGCUAAUAAGAGCUUCCUCUCUUUGAAGCCAUGAGCAGAGGAAUACUGCACAAAGCCGUGGAGAGAGGGAGAACUGUUUAUGCUCUAUGCAAUUCCUGCUAAGGAAGGUGGAAUUGGAGAGGUUUAGCUAUGGGGGUUAUAGCUAAAUAAUACAGAUGAGUAGGCGAAGAAGCAGAUGGGCCUUUUUCCUCAACUGCCUCCUACUCUACACUCAACUGUAUAGAGGAAGUGGAACAGUUUCUGGAGCAGAUGGCUCCUCCAUGGGUGGCCUGAGUUUGGUGGGAAGAAGGGCUGCUACUACUUGACUUAGCUAAUGGCUUGAAGUGCAAAAGUUAUGUCUGAUCAAGCUACUCUUUCUGAAAGGAGCUAUCCAGUGCUGAAACAACCACUGGCUUAAGGAGAUGAAAGUUUAAUACUUUGUCAGGGGCUAGGCCUAUACCAGUGGGUGCUUUAUCUGUUCAUCUACAGUACAAAAGUACCUUAACCCAUAAAGGCAUUGUUCAUGCAGCUCUUGGGUGUUUGGAGCUCACAUCCAUAGUGCGUUAUAUUUCCUCUUAUUGCUUGACACUUUUGAAGCACGGCACAAAGAAGAGGUUAGUUGGGGCAGCAGCCUGCAAUUCCCUUUCAGAUCUUUAAGAGUGUGGUAAAAGAAGAGCAAGCCUGAUGUAGCAUUAAGAACUUGUAAGCUUGCUUCCCCUACCCAAAGAACAUUCGUGGGACUGCUCUUACGUUGGAGAAAGGUGGGGGGAGUUCUGUCAAAACCACUUGCUGUCUGGCCUCUCCCUCCUCCUCUGGCUGCUUGUGACUCUCGUGCUUUGCUGCUGGCAACUUAUGUGCACUUUAUAUAUGAUGGUGUAAGAGUUUUGUCUUAAUAAAGUUGUAGUGACUGCUGAA